AUGCCAACUAGAUUACCAGAAAUUCGUGAUUUUGGUAAACUUGACACCCUUUUGCAGACUGAAUACUAUAAGAUACGUACACCAUCUCCUUAUCGAUCACCUGAGCUUAUAGGAAAAACUAAAGAUCCAGUAGAAAAUAGCAAAGUUAACCUAUAUGGUAUAAGGAAGGAAAGAGAAGCUUAUAAAGACAGAGAAGCAAUAAUGUAA